AUCAAAUGUAAUGCAUACCAACUGUUUGCUUAAAUAUCUCAAAUGGAUCCAAUAUUAUUUCAUUGUAUUCUAAUGGUUGAUGAAUGAAUGGUUUGAUAAUUUUUGUUGUUUUUCGUGAGUUCCUUUGGUUGGGUGUUGCAGAUUUUGUUUUGCUCAGAUAUGGAUCGGUUCAGAUCAAGAUUUGAUAAGCAACAAAUUGUUGAAAGCCCAACAGGAUCACCAAUGGGUGUAUCACCGGUGCACCGGCAUGCUCGUUCUUCGUCCUCUGGACUUUCUAAUAUGAAGAAGCCGGCGACUAAGGCCGCCGCUCAAAGGCUAGCACAAGUCAUGGCUUCCGCUGGCGAUGAUGAAGAUGAUCUUCUUGUUGAUUAUCAACCUGUUGGUGCCCUUGGUGGCCUUGGAAGACCUGCAAGAGCAACCCCAUCUCCUAGGCCAGUACGUCCAUCUGCAACAGAUCAACCCAAAUCAUUGCGAAAUCCGAUGAGUGCUCAACCAUCUUUCUCCGUCAAGACGAAUGAACAACCGAUACUAAAACCAUCUUCUGGUGGUAGACUAUCUCAGCCUUCCAUCAACACUCCAGAGCCAAGUCCGUCAUCAACUCAUUUAGCAUCAAGUGUGAGAUCACCAAGGUUUUUCCAUAACUUGAUAGAUUUGGAGGAGGAUGAAAGUGCAUUGAGUGGAAGGUCAUCUCUAUCAGUCAAAACAAAUGUAGAACAUUCUGGUCGAACAAGCUCUACUUUUCGAACAUCUUCGUCUGCAUCUAAUAUAGAACAACUAUCAGUUCAUUCUGCGUCAGCAGAGCGAUCCUCUAUGUCUUUGAACACUGAAGAUCUGAACCCAUCUACUCGUUCUACGCCAGCAGGUAAACCAGUGAUCAAAACAGUACCUUUAGUGCCCCCUGCUGUUACACUAUCUCUGAAGCAACAAACUCCAUCAAGUCCUGCAGCUGGAAGUAUCAGUAAUAGAAGGAUGAAAGUAGAAUUUGGAAGUAGUAUGAUAUCAAGACAGCCCAAAGAACACAAUGAGCAGCUUUCCUCGUCAGCCUUACAAGACGAGCUUGAUAUGCUACAUGAGGAACAUGACAAUCUUCUUGAUAAGCUCCGACUAGCAGAAGAACGGUUGCAUGAAUCUGAAGCAAGAGCUAAGCAACUUGAAAAACAGGUUGCUAAUCUUGGAGAAGGUGUGUCUAUGGAAGCUCGACUUUUAAGCAGAAAAGAGGCAGCUUUGCAGCAAAGGGAGAAUGCUUUGAGAGCUGCUUCACAAAAAUUUGGCAAGACAGGAGAUAUAACAGCACUUAUGCUGAAAGCAGAGAGCGCUAAGGAUGAACUCCUGGUGUCUGAAUCAGAAUUAAGGAAUCUUCGGUCUACAGUUCAACGACUAAAGUUAACUCAGGAGGAGAUGGAAGAGGUGGUUCUCAAGAGAUGCUGGCUCGCUCGGUAUUGGGGUUUAUGCGUUGAGUAUGGUAUUUACUCAGAUAUUGCUGGAGCUAAACUUGAUUAUUGGUCAUCUCUUGCCCCACUACCUUUCGAAAUUGUUGUUGCUGCUGGGCAAAAGGCUAAGGAAGACAGGCUCUCAGCUAAUUAUGAUGACGAAAGUGAACAGACUAGCAGUGAACUUUCGGUAGAGGGCAGUGCAGAGAGCAUGCUUAUCGUAGAGAGAGGUCUGAGAGAACUAGCAGCGCUUAAGGUAGAAGACGCCAUAAGGGUCGCUAUGGUUCAACAAAGGAGGAAUAUGCAGAAACCUGCUUUAACAGAUGGCUUGAGAUCUCCAAGUCAGAAAUUUGGUGGAUCUUUUGAAUUGAGCAAAGAGGAGUCUGAAGAAGUGCAAUUUAAGCAGGCUUGGCUGAUGUAUUUCUGGAGAAGAGCUUGCAACCAUGCUGUGGAAUCAGAUAUUGCAGAGGAGCGCUUGCACUUUUGGAUUGACCAUAGUGCACAAGCAAGUACCUCACAUGAUGCUGUUGAUGUUGAAAGAGGGCUAUUGGAGCUUAGGAAGUUAGGAUUGGAAAACCAGUUGUGGGAAGAAAGCAGAAAAUGGACGGAACAAGACUCCCAUUCAAGAAAGCAAAUGGACUUUUGACUUAUAAUACUUUCUUUCAAUAUUACAUCAACUUAUACACAUUGUUCCGCGCCAACAAUGAUGAGUACCCAACUCAUAUGUGAAGAGCAAAAUUCAAAACAAAGUAGAGUCGUUUAUAGGCGGGUUAUCACUUAGCUCGAUUAUCGAGUGGGCUAAAAAUUAAUUUUGAAAAAAAAUUAAUAUUUUGAAUGGUAAUACCCGCCAUUAAGUUAAAUGGGUGGAUAACAAUACAAAAAUAAUAGAUAAAAUUCGAUUUUUUUUUUAUUUUUAAAAUUAUAUAGGAAAAUACAAUACUCCAAGAGGUCAAAUUCUAAGUCUAUAGUCUAUUUACUUGAUAGUUGAGUAGUGUGGACAUUUUGACUUUAAAGUUUCAAUUUUACUGCCUUAUGCCUCAUGCAUCGUCAAGUGCAUUGUCUUUUGAGAUUAUUUUGGUAUUUGUAGUUUUUUA